AUGAACAGCAGUGACGGUCACCGAUCGCCGCUUGAUCCACGUAGCUUGCGUUCAUCGAGUCCUGCCUGCGAUGGCCCACGCUCGCGACGACCUGGUUAUGUCACGCAAGCUUCUUCAUCACCUAUCGGUGGGACAUUCGAUCGUCAUGCUCAAGUGCCACCUCGCACCAUCAAGCAGGAUGAACAAGAUAUCAAAGCCAGAAUGGCACGCAUGCGGAUGCUUCCCGCCGGUGGAACGCGCGCAAGUCCAAUAGAUGAGAGGCAGACGGGUCCCAAACGACGUAUGACCAAGCAUGCUGCAGCUCUUGCCUCCUCGUCACCUUCGCCAAUGCCUGGCAGUCUACGAGGAUCGACAGGCUCGCCGACGUCGCGUCAGAGCAAGUACCUUUAUCAACGCAAAGCUAGCACGAGGUCUAUGCUUGAACUCAGUCAACAUUUCCAGACGCAGAGCAGUGCCCACAGGUCCAGAAGCUCGUCUCCAGUACCGCCUUUUCAACUCAUCCCGCCAAAGCGACGAGACUCAGCUCUAGUGCGAUCAAAGUCGAUGGUAUCCCUCGGCUCACGAGCUCAGUCGAAAGCCACGUCGCCGACGUUACCGGUCGCGCCGGUACCACCCAGCACUUUUCAUCGCCGUCUGACUCGCACGCAAGAGCCUAAUGGCUCCAAUUCUCGCAAGCCGAAGAAAGUAUGGUCCUCAUUCAGAUCUAUCAAGGCACUCUGGCGACAGACCGUCCACGUGGGCGCAGGAUCGUCGCCUGAUGCUACUUCAACCUAUCAGCCUCGCUCGACACGCCGCUCACAACACCAGCCGACUUUGUCUAGCAAUCCGCUUCGUGACAAUGGUAGCCGGCCGCCGCCUCGACCUCCUAGAGGGAGCUCUUCUCUCUUUGACAAUCCAAGACCACCCGCAGUCACCUCUUCGCCCUCUCAAACCCACGGGGCUAUACGUCCCGCUAGAUCGUCGUCGUUUGCGGCGCUUGACCGACUUGCUCCGCCAACUAAAUCGCCAGAUUGUACUACGGAUGCGGUCUCAAAGCGUAGAUCUAUGUUCAGACGCACACAAUCAUUCACAAACAUCGCCCAGCGUUUCAAGCAUCCAUCACGAAGGCAAGACGGUGCGCAUAUCGCUCAAGAGCGCUCUCGUCCGCUAGAACCGAUCCCAGCAACGCCAUCGAGCUCCGGCAGCAUCGAGGAUCAGCUCGACGGCUCUCCAGGCAUGUCUGCAUCUGAUCGACUGAUUGCUAGCGAUUUGGUCAGACUGCCCUCUUUGAAGAUUAUCUCAGCUUCGCCUAGCAACUCAUCAACACUCAUAUCUCCACGCUCGUUCCGUCGCGCAAUGCGAAGCUCGUAUCACGAGCCAAGCCUGCGAACCUCUAGGAGCGAUAGUCAGCUCUAUACCGGACAAGAAGGUAUCCCUGCCUUUCGCGGAUCGGCCGCGGUCAGCGAGCUCGACGGUAGCCCAGAUUCAGACUUCCUCGAUCAGGUCUACGAUAUCUACUCGGGCGAGUCUGCCGAGGAAGAGGUAUCGAAGUUAUCCGAUGCUUCAGUAGACGUGUCGAUGGGUACCGCUGGCACAUGUGUGAGUCAGCACGCAGUCAUAGCCAAAACGGUACCGGUCACUGCAUCUGGCGCCUUUGCGCGCGCACGUCUUCGUCUUUCACGAUCAUAUGGCAAUCUCAAGGGGCUCAAGGAUACACGAGAUUCAAUCGCAAUGCGAAGGAAUCUGCCGCGAACGAUACAGAGCCCAUCGCGCAUUUCGAAUGCGGUCGACUCCCAGGCACCUUAUGCACACUCUAGAAUAUUGGAUGGAACAGACAUGAUUGGCGCUUACGGUGGCAAACGUUCUCAAGAGAGCGAAGCACUAUCGGACAAUGCGAUGGAAGAAGUUCUGCUAGGUUGCACGUAUCCACCUGUCAUCGAAGCCGUCGCUCUCACGCCGAAAUCCGCACGCACGAGAUCACACAGUGCCGUAGAAGAUGCCGAAGUCGCGUCACAUUCUGGCAAACGUGCAAAACGUCAUGGCACGCUUCUGAUGCCCGUUGUGCCGCUACCAUAA